AUGUCUGUUCGCUUCUCCUCGUCAUCCAGGAGGCUGGGCUCCAUGCGGCUUCCCAGCGGAGGAGCAGGCUUCGGGGCUGGAGGCUCAUGCGGGGUGCCGGGCAUUGGAAGUGGCUUCUCAUGUGCCUUUGGGGGAAGCGCAUCAGCAGGGGCCUAUGGUGGAGGGAGCACUUCCUGCGUCGCCUUCACUGGCAAUGAGAACGGCCUCCUGUCUGGCAAUGAGAAGGUGACCAUGCAGAACCUCAACGACCGCCUGGCCUCCUACUUGGAGAACGUGCAGGCUCUAGAAGAGGCCAACGCCGACCUGGAGCAGAAGAUCAAGGGCUGGUAUGAAAAGUUUGGACCUGGCUCCUGCCGUGGCCUGGAUCAUGAUUACAGUAGAUAUUUCCCCAUCAUUGAUGAUCUUAGGAACCAGAUAAUUUCUGCAACUGCAAGUAACGCCAACAUUGUCCUGCAAAAUGACAACGCAAGACUAACAGCUGAUGACUUCAGGAUGAAGUUUGAAAAUGAGCUGGCGCUUCACCAGAGCGUCGAAGCGGACAUCAACGGCUUGCGAAGAGUCCUGGACGAGCUGACCUUGUGCCGGACAGACCUCGAGGUCCAGCUGGAAACGCUCACAGAGGAGCUGGUCUACCUCAAGAAGAACCAUGAGGAGGAAAUGAAGGCUCUGCAGUGCGCGGCCGGCGGCAACGUGAACGUGGAGAUGAACGCGGCCCCCGGGGUGGACCUCACGGUCCUGCUGAACAACAUGCGGGCCGAGUACGAGGCCCUGGCCGAGCAGAACCGCAGGGACGCCGAGGCCUGGUUCAAUGAAAAGAGCGCUUCCCUGCAGCAGCAGAUUUCCGACGACGCCGGAGCCACCAUCUCAGCCAAGAACGAACUCACUGAGAUGAAACGCACUCUGCAGACCCUAGAGAUUGAGCUUCAGUCCCUCUUAGCGAUGAAACACUCCCUGGAGUGCUCCCUGACGGAGACGGAGGGCAACUACUGCUCACAGCUGGCGCAGAUCCAGGCUCAGAUCGGAGCGCUGGAGGAGCAGCUGCACCAGGUCAGGACGGAGACCGAGGGCCAGAAGCUGGAGCAUGAGCAGCUGCUGGACAUCAAGGUGCACCUGGAGAAGGAAAUCGAGACCUACUGCCGCCUCAUCGACGGAGAUGAGGGUUCCUGUGUUAAAUCGAAAGGCCACGGAGGUCCAGGAAGUCAAAUAAAAGAUUCUCCUAAGACUGCCAUCGUUAAAACUGUGCUUGAAGAAAUCGAUCCUCGUGGCAAAGUGCUCUCCUCCAGAGUUCACACCAUGGAAGAGAAAUCCGCCAAAGUCAGCAAGAAUGAACAGAGGGUGCCCUCCUAA